AUGUCUUGUAAUAUUGACAAUGGUAUAUGUCCAGCCGCAGCUGGGCUUGAUGCUACUCAUCUGAUCCAUUCCUCACUGACGCCAGAUACCACCAACAUGAACAACACCUGUACCACAAAGGACGACCGACAGGAAUGUACCGCAGCUACCACAUUAGUACCAUCGCAUCCGGGGGUAACCGGUAACAACCCGCGCUCAAUGGCGCCUACGAACUCAAUUAUGUUAUCAUCAACAACACAACGAUCUCAACAGAGAAGAAACCUCACCGCUCCGAAUGAUCGCCCUAUUGUGUCUCAAUCGGUAAACACAUCUGGAGCAUCCGCCAGUGCGUGCUCGCAGAAAUCUAACGACUCCUCAUACUCAACAUCAAAUCAAUGUCCAACAUGUCCGUCGGUUGAGCCCGAACAGUACCCCAGCGCAUUCGGAACCAUUGGCCAAUCUAGACCCGCAACGCGCUCUCCCUCGAAGAGUACCACCCCCUCCACCGCAACUAAACAUUUUGAGAGUAACGAAAACGAGUCUGGUGUGAGCUAUCAACUUCUGAUUUAUUAUCAGAAUGUAGUUGGUAUGAAUACUUCAACGGCUGAUUACUAUCUCGCUUGCUCCGAUACCUUAUUUGAUGUAUUCGCUUUCACUGAAACGUGGCUCAACGAUAACACGCUGUCGCAACAAAUUUUUGAUUCUUCGUACAUGGUAUACCGUUCAGAUCGAUCUGCUGAGAACAGCAAGAAAGUAACUGGGGGUGGAGUUCUGCUGGCAGUCCGCUCGAAUAUAAAAUCCCGUGAAUUUUUCCCUCCCGAUGGGCGCACUAUUGAGCAAGUUUGGGCAGCUGUUUCGUUGCACAAUCGUACGAUUUUUAUUGGUGCAGUUUACAUCCCUCCUGAUCGAACCAAUGAUUCAGCUGUAAUAGAUCAGCAUAUCGUGUCGCUUCGCUGGAUCACACAACAAAUGGAAUUAAGUGACAACAUAGUCUUGCUCGGAGAUUUUAAUUUACCAGGUAUCGAUUGGACACAGAGCGCCUCGGAUUACUUGUAUCCAGUUCAUUCACAUUCUACUCUGAAUCGUUUGUCGGAACGGCUUCUUGAUAGUGUCAGCACGGCCGGUUUAUGUCAGAAGAAUGAUAUCUUCAAUAACAACAACCGCAUUCUUGAUUUGUGUUUCAUCAGUUCAGAACUCGCUCACAACACGGUAGUCAUUGAAGCAUCCGCUCCUCUGGUGAAAUUAUGUCGACAUCAUCCCCCACUUCUGAUAUCUAUAUCUAUUUCGCCACCGCUCGUCUUCGCCAACACUGCUGAAUCAACUUAUUACAAUUAUCGAAAAGCUGAUUACUCGUCAAUGAACCGUUAUUUUCUUGGUAUCAACUGGAAUGAUAUUUUGGAGAACCAGGAUAUAGACAACGCCACGUCAUCAAUGUCCAAUGUUUUACUUUACGCGAUUGAACAGUUUGUUCCCAAGAAGAAGGCUAAGAAGUCGCUCAACCCUCCGUGGACAAAUGCUAAUCUCAAACGCUUGAAGUCACUGAAAAGAUCAUACCUUCGAAAAUUUGCUAAGUGUCGCAAUGAUUUUUGGAGAAGUCAGUAUUCUUUUGUGAACAGAACCUACAAACGCCUGAACAAAGUUUUACACGCCGACUAUUUAAAUGGCAUUCAAACGAAUCUGCGUGCUCACCCAAGUGGGUUCUGGAAAUACGUCGAUAAACAAAGGAAAGAGUUUGGUUUACCCACCGUGAUGACACGUAACGAUACUGAAGCUUCCACCAGUGAAAGCAGUUGCGAGUUGUUUCGUAAGCAAUUCAGGGGUGUUUUUUUCAGUGAAUGUCUUGAUAGUGAUCAAGUCUCUGCAACCGUUCAAAAUGUACCCAGCCUGUCAUCGGUCGGAGCCUGCCCUACGAUUAAUCGUAAUGUUGUACAAGAUGCCUGCUCUAGAUUGAAGAAAUCUACGAAUGCUGGACCCGACAGCAUUCCAUCUAUCGUACUGAAGAUGUAG